AUGAAAACUCUCCAGGAAAGCCAGAAACGACUUGUAAGGAAAAGGUUCUCAGCCGAAAGCUGUCAUCGCUCGUUGAACAAUUCAAAGUAUGAUGAAAAAACCGGACAAGUUUACAUUGAGACCCAAGUCUCAUUUUGGGGUAGUAGUGACAAGGACUGGGAAUAUCGAACACACGCAAUGCCCUAUAUGGACUCCUUGUCUACCACAGAGAUACAAAAGGCCCCAAAAACUGGACUAAAAAAAGAAAAGCAGAAGGGCACUCGAUCCCUGUGGUCAACAACCCUCGAUGCAAUUAUUGCUAAUGUCUCGGACCUGUCUCUACAGUCACUCGAGCUGAUGCCACUCAAACUUGUAGAAUUUCUUUGGAAUACAAUAGUACAAAAAUCAUGCUUGUGUCUACAUGUUUGGUCAAUCUUCUCCACUACACUUUUGCGACGAGAUAGUUCAACCAUAGGAAUGCUUAGGUAUCGCGAGACAAUACCUACUCCUCAGUCCCCGUUACAAACAUACACUCAAGCACUUAUGUCAAAAAAUUUUGAUUUUAUCACUGGGCUGACGAUCACUGUACCGGUCCCAGUACCAGAGUUGAUGAAUCUAACCAAGCUAGUUAAUCUUGUCGCACUUGAAAUUUUACAUCAGGGCGACCCUUGCCGAUCUUUAAUAUCAGAUCAUCUUGUCAAAGCUUGGAGUAUUUCUGCUUCUCAAGAGGCAUCUUUCCCGAUACUUCGAAUAAUCAAACUUUGGAAUCACCGAGAGAUAACCUCUAGGUCACUCGCAUGUAUUGACAAUUUCCCAGCUCUAGCGAUCUAUGAAAUCCGAGGUUGUGACUUUGACGAUUACAGCGUCUUAGCGGGUACUGGCUGGACACUUCAAGAAAGUGUGGAGCCAUACUUUGACUUGGAAUGUGAACGCCCAAGAAAGCAUGAAUUUUUGCAAGCUUGUAAAGAGAUAAGAGUAGGAAACACUAUGUCCACGCAUCGAGUUAUGAGUUGGGACUAUAAGCUCCAUAAAUUAAUUGAUCAAGUUGGAAUCAUUAGAAAAAAUUUUGAUCUUGAACGAGUCGGCGUCAAACCUAAAAACCGAGUUGUAUAUGUCAAUGAAAUAAUGAGCCGGAUGCCUUUAGCAUGUAUUCGGUUGGGCCCUUCAAAUUCGCUGGCGCCCGAGCCGACGAAAUUGUUCUUAAAAAAGCAAAAUAGUAUUCAAAAAGGAUAUAUUAGACCCAAGUUUAGCGAGACGAAAAAGACGGAUGCUUCGCAGCCAAAGGAGAGGCAGCGUACAACUCGAACGAGAAAGAAGAGAAAGCUUGAUGAAUUAUUACACGAAUUUUACUAA